AGAACACCUUAAUCCGCUGAUCAUCUGCAUCGGCUGUGUGGACCACCCCGGCCAUCUACAAACAGCAAGUAUCUUGAUGAAGAAAAAAGGGAAUGGCGAUCAAUCUUUCUGCAAACGACUUUGUGCAAACUGCGAUCUUAGCAAAGUAGUAAGUAGUGCAGUGGCAAUCGCGGCAGCUUCUGCUGGUGUACGUGCUACAAUGUUUACAAGCCUAUUUAGAUGUAGGGUAUCCUCUCCAAGCGUAUCCUGCAAUUUGCUCACAGAUAGCAAAAACGUUUUUUUUUCUUUUUGACACUUUCUGCAUAUCUUUUUUUGUAAAUUAACGAGUGGCUGUCUAUUAAGCAAUGUAGAUGAGGCGUGUAAGUGUCGCUUAUGAAUGGUGGUAUAAUACGCCGCAUGUGUAAAUGACACAUCCUAACUGCAAGAUACCUACAUCUCACCUGCAAGGAUUGUGUCUGAUUAAGAAGCUUACUGGCUCUUCUCAUUUUCGUAAUGAAAUUGCUCAUCCAAACUUGCUCAUGUCAUCAGCUAUUUCUGAGGAAAUGAAGCGAUACCAGUCCAAAUUGUGCACAUGCCAUUAUUAAUGGUCUGCGCUUACAACGCACGAGUCUAAUCAAGACCAGUGGUGAGCCUAUUCGAUACGAAAUAUAGCGAAUAAAUGCGAUUCAUUUUUUUCACUCGCAAUUCACAUGAUAUCUUAAAAACCAGCGUAGUCGAAAUCAAAGCGAACAGAUGCAAAUGUUGAAACCAUAAAUUCUAGGUUUUCAAUACGCUUCUGCAUACACUUGGUUC